CACAGCGUCGUCUUGGUGUGACCCACUGGCUGAGCAUUCCUUAUCACACCCUUGGACUGCCUGGCAGGCCACUGUGUGACUUGGUUCCCUGCCCUGGGUCUGCCCUGGGAGGACACGGUGCUCCCACCAGCUCUCCCUGGCAUGUGCCCAGUGGCCGCGCUUGUCAAUGCCUGGCUGUGACUUCCCUCCACCCACCCUGCGCUGCUCCCAGCCCUGCUCUCCCUGCCCACAUACUUCAGCUCCUGCUCUGAGCAGGCUUGGGACAGCAGCAGAGCUGCCAUGGCAGCCAGAGCUUCCCACUGGCACGGCUCCCUCAGGGCCACCGUGCCCCAUGAGAGGCAUUGGCUUGAGCAUUUCCAGCAGGCCAAGGACAUCCUGCUGACCCCGCUGGAGGAUGCCCAUGCCAGGGAGCCCCACUUCCUUGUGGACUAUGCCAGGAACUUGGAAACCUUCGAGUUCUCUCUCUGUGCCUCCAAGGAUGCUACCACUAUGAAAGUCCCCCUGUGGACUCACAGUGAUGCCCUGCAGGUGUUGGUGUACUGGCCUGGGGACACCCCAGUCAGGCACCAUCUGGGACUGGACAUCUGUGAUAUCUGGAAGUGUUCUGGGGACGACUUGGAGGACUGGACCAGUACUCUGUGUGUGAUGGAGCAGGAGGGUGGUGCGGGGUGCCUGGUUCCAGUCAAAGUCCUCCAGCACCUGAAAGAGCUCCUUGUUUUGGCCAUCGUGCAUUGCCAGUUCUGCUUCCUGCUUCAGCCAGGUCCAAACCUUUCGCAUCUAAGUGAUCUCAGCACUGAAAAUCUGCAGGAAGAUGCCAUGGUGCUCUCCCUGCUGAUCCACGAUCGCUGGAAGACCAUCUGCUUUGACAUUGUCCCUGUGGUGAAGAGGUGGCAGGAGCUGCUCCAGCUCAAGGGGCAGCGGAGUGACAGGGGCUUCCAUGAAGGCGGCCUCUGGAAGGCCAAGGAAAAAGCCUGCUACAUCCCUGCCUCUCCCCAUUGCCAGCAGUGCACAAAGGAGAGUGACCUUGCUCUGGGGAUACCCCAUGGCUGGCAGCAUGUCCAGAUGCAGUUCCAGAUGUACCAGAUCCAGGAUGUGCACACCACUCAGGAAUGUGCCAGCUCCUCUCCAAGAUCCAGUGAUAAAUCCCUCAGCAGAGCUGAGAGCGAUCAUGCUGCCACCCCAUCUGGGCGUCUCGAAACUCAGGGGGGGUGCAAGGUACGCAGUGGGGCCAGGGAGCAGGAUGCUGCCAUGUUGCUUUAUUGA